CGCCCCGCCCACCUAUCCCGGCGUGCCCCGCGCCCGCUCGCUUCGUUCCGCUUCCGGCGGCGGGAGCGGGAGGCGACGUGUCGGAGCGGAGCGGAGCGGAGGGGGAACCGCGACCUGGCGACAUGGAGCUGGAGGCCAUGAGCAGAUACACCAGCCCGGUGAACCCCGCCGUGUUCCCGCACCUCACCGUGGUGCUGCUGGCCAUCGGCAUGUUCUUCACCGCCUGGUUCUUCGUCUAUGAAGUGACUUCUACCAAGUACACGCGGGACAUCUACAAGGAGCUGCUGAUCUCGCUGGUGGCGUCGCUCUUCAUGGGCUUCGGCGUCCUGUUUCUGCUGCUCUGGGUCGGGAUCUACGUGUGAGGCCCAGCCCGCGGAGCGGCCGGUACCGCCCGGGAGCGUCCCGCUGCUGUGUGGAGCCCCAGAACCUCGUUUUGUAUUUCUUUUCUACUUCACCAACAGAACGUGUAUCAGGCACGGACCGUUCUCUGCCAGCCAAGCAAACCAUACCUGAAUAAAACUGGAUCCGUGAUGCACAA